GUGCAGGGUGUGGCAGUGACAAAAUGCAAACAUGUCACCACUUUAAUUGUCAUUUAAACCACCUUAAAAAAAAAAACAAAAAAAACAGGGAAAUUGAGCGCAGGCUCGCACUGAAGGCCGACAGGGAAUGGUAUUUGUGAACAGGAAGCAGGUUGACGUGAUUUCCGCAGGCUUACAGACCGGGGAAAGUUGUUUCCUGAAGUUGACACUGCGCUGAUAUUCUCCACACCGAGAGCCCCGGUGCGUUGGCACAAAAUGACUCCGACAGGUUUCUGGGACUUUUCAUUGUAGGACGCUUCGUCUCGUCUCGUCCGGCGGCCGCGGCCGGUGAACUCUGUCUGACGGGAAGAUGAGCUCCAAGAGUGAAGACACAGAGACGAGCCUGUGGGCCCAGCUAGUCGAGUGUCGAGCUCAGGUUGAACACUGGCAGGGCGUGGCGACGAUCUGUGAGCUGAGCAAACAGGAGGAACUGGCAGAGCUGCAAAAACAAUGUGAUCAAGAGAUCCAGUCUCUGCAGGAGGCUCUCAGAGAGACGGCAGCGCAGUAUGAGGCCAGGAUAUCUGUUCUCCAGUCUCAGCCUGUGGAGUGGAGGAGAGCCAGUGGACAGAACGUGAUCAGUGGAAGGAAAGCCAGGAUGGAUGCAGAGGGUGGCAGUAACGAAUCGCCAACACCGUUCCCCAACAGCCAGUCAGAGGCCGAGUCUAUGGCGUCGACGGACAGGACGCACAACCAACCAGCGGAGCUCGAAGCGGCGGCAGAGGGAGAGGGGGCGGCACUCACAGCAGACGGGUAUUUUUCGCUGCGACACUGCGACUCUGCCUCGCUGUCCUCCUUCUCCUUAGACACGCCCUCUCUGCCCAGAAAACUCCACGGUCAGGAUGACACCGAUUCUCUGGUCUCCACGGGAACUUUGGUGCCUGAAGCCAUCUACCUGCCACCGGCUGGACACCGGCUGGUCACGCACAGCGACUGGGAUUCACUCAACGCUCAGGUGUCAGAGCUGCGAGGGGAGGUGAGUCGGUUGGAGGCUGAGAAGGAGGAGCUUGAGAAAGAGCUGGAUACACAGACCAAGCACACACACAAACAAGUAUCAAUGCUCCAGUGUCAGGUCCAGACAUCAGAGGCCCUCCUCCAGGACUUGCAGAAAUCUUUUAGCCAAUCACAGAAUGCAGUCCAGAGUCGGCUGGCAGAGUUGUCCUUUUCCCAGAGGAAGAUGUGCAGUGAGCUGUCCAGACUUAAAGGAGAGGAGGUUGAGGACGAGGCGCCAGAGUCAAGCUCAUUUCCAGCAACCCUGCAGGGGGCACACUGUGAGGAGCGUCUCCGCAUUGAGAUUGUCAACCUGAGGGAGCAGCUGGACACCCGGUCUGAGGAGAAUGAAGUUUUAGAAGUGCAACUGUCCAGUCUGAAGACAGAAACAGAGAGGAUCCAGGCUCAGAAGGAACAGUUGCAGGCUGAGCUGUUGGCCUGCCGCACUGAACUGGAAGCCCAGCGGGUGGCGCUCUCUCAUGUUCAGAACACCAGCAAGGCCCUCAGUAAUGAUAAAGCGGCCCUGCAGAAGCAGUGUCUGGAGCUGCGAAGCCAAGUCAUCAGUCUGCGCUCCCAGGUCGAUACCAGCCAGACUGUACAGAUGGACUUUGUGCAGCUCUCCCAGUCGCUGCAGGUGAAGCUGGAGUUGAUUCGACAGGCCGAGAGUCUGGAACAAGUGAAGGAGAUCCUGGGAGAGGGAGUCAGUGAAGCUGGUUCCUCGCCUGCAGACGCCUCAUGAGUCGUAGAGAGUCACGUUGGAACCAAAGAGCACAGACCAAGAGAAAACAUUCCAAGAGGGACUGAUGGGGAGCCGUCACCACCAUGAAACAUGAAAUACUGUCGUGACUACUGGGAUUAUCACAGCUGGUGCUGCUUGUACCUGUAACACUGGAUGCAUUCUCCUGGAGAGACAUUUUUUGUAUUUUUCAGGGAUGAUAGUUUGGUGUCAGUGACCAGAACUGUUCUCAGUGACCAAAGUGAUUUUUGAUGAACCAUGACAGCUUUGGGGGGGACACUGUCCAAAUGUUUUCUUACAUCCAGUUACACAUUUACUUCCGUACUAACAUGUAUGUACAUGUAAAUGCAUUAUGUAGAUAACACUGACAUGACUCCGGCUAAACACUCAACAGUCCAGCAUUUUUAUUGCACUGUAAAAACUACACGAUCAUUUUCUCCAGGCAGACUUUUCUGUGAAGAAGGACCUCUAAAAGCAAUGCAUCACCAUGCAAUAAUGACCUGAUGCAAAGUAGAAACUCUCUUAAAUUAACUGCAUUUCAGAUUGGAUCUUUUAUUAUGUGCAUUUAUUUUGUCGUCUUUAUUUUCAGCUAAGCGUUGUUAACUAUUCUUGUUCUUACUACAACCGUACUAGCUUUUAGACUUAAGCGAAUUUAUGAUUGUGGAUGAGGAAAAAUCAAUGAAGAAAUGUGAAUAUCUAACACUUUGCCAGCUUGUUUUGUGUUCAAAGAAAUUAAAGGGAGGCUGUCACAUUC